AUGGUGGACUGGCUCAGUCUCGCCGUGCCACUCGCCUACCUCGGCGUGCUAAUCGGCUCCCUCGCUACAUUCUCUUCUCUUUACCGAAAGCGAAAGGCCCAAAAAGCCGCCUCUCUGGAAGCAUGGUUCCCCGCCCACCUCCAGCGCGACAUCUACUUCUCCCUCAUGCACCUCGACCCGAGCUCUCAAUCCGAAAAGAAAACCCCCGCAGUCCCCGAGUCCGUCCUAAAAGCCUCCCUCCUCCGCCGCGCAACAGAAGACAUCCGCCGCGUCAUGACGCUCCGCUCCCAGAAAAAUGCCCUCUCCGCGCUCCUGCAGCGCGGCAGCGUAGGCGACGACCUGUGGCAGCGGUUCCUGCGCGCGGAGAAGGAAAUGGAAGAUGAAGUGCGCGAUGUCGUGGCUGAGGCGAAUGCGUAUGUUCCCGGGUGGGGACAGGUCAUUUUCCAGUCUGCGAAUGAGAUGUUGAAUAAUGAUCUUUAUCGGGAGCGGGUGAGAGAGCACCAGGAGAAGGUUGCUGAGGAGAGGGCGUGGUGGGAUAAGAAGAAGAGUAGUAUUCAGGAGGGAUUUAUGAGGGAGUUGAAUGAGGAGGAGGAGAAGGGUUCUUCUGGGGCUACGCCUGCUACGCCAGCUAAGACUGGUGAGAAGGUGCCUGUGGCGCCGGCGCCUGCUUCGGUGCAGGGCAGUGAUGAUGAUGCCGUGUUGGUUGAGGCGGAUCCGUCGGUGACUAGUCCUGGGAGUCCGGGAUCGGGUGCUGGUGGUGGGAAGAAGAAGAAGGGGAAGGGGAAGAAAUAG